AUGGCUGCUCCAACGACGUCUGCUCCAACGAAGCGGUCAAUGUACAAAGUCGACUCUUUUAAUCCUGCAGUCCUGGACCAUCUACGGCGCAUCUACGAGUCGCUGCAGUCGCAGGGACACAGGCCUACGGGAUCAGACGGUGCAACCCCCUCUGCUUCUGCUCAUUUCUUGCAGAAUGUCCAGCAGGACCACCAUUUCAAAGACGACCAGCCUCGCAGUGACCAGCAGCAUGGCGUCCUCGACAGCUUCUCAAGCUUCCUGGAAUACAUGUCAACUGCUUCAGCAGUGCCGCAGUUUUCGGACGCUCAGACGUACGACGAGGAUCUGUCGUUUCCCAUGCCCAAUUAUUUCAUUAAUUCAAGCCAUAACACCUACUUGACUGGCAACCAGCUAUACAGCGAGUCCAGCACCGAAGUGUACAAGAAUGUUCUGCUCGACGGCUGUAGAUGCCUUGAGAUUGACGUCUGGGACGGUGAAUUGGACUCAUCGAGCUCUGAAUCAUCAGAGGAUCAAGAUGACAGUCAUAAAAAGUUGCGCAAGAAAAGCCAUGGAAAGGCUCGGAAGGAGAGCGUUGGACGCUUCAGCUUGUCAUCUCUUUCGGAUCGCUUCGAUAAACUCAGUAGCAGAAGCACGCCUAACGCUGUGCCUGCUAAAGCCCCAGGAGCAGAUACGAUACGCCCUGAACCCCGAGUAUUCCAUGGCCACACACUAACCAAGGAAGUCACAUUCCGUGAUGUAUGUUACACAAUCCGUGAUAAUGCGUUUGUAACUAGCGACCUGCCAGUGAUCGUCAGCCUAGAGGUGCAUGCUUCUCAUGAGCAGCAAGAGGUUAUGGUUGAUAUCAUGACCGAAGCAUGGAAAGGGCUUCUUGUGGAGUUCACGCCCGAGAUGGACGCUCUCCUUGCCAAGGGAGACUUAAACCAUCUCUCUAACCCAGGCUCACUGAAGAACAAGAUCCUGAUAAAGGUGAAAUGGGUAUCUCCCGAUAAAGAGAAUACCCCGCCUGCCGAAGGGUCCAUCGAGAUCGUUGACCUUCGGACCGUAGGCGGAGCCAGCGAUGGAGCUCAGAAUAAGGUCGUAGCUGGAUCGACGUCAACGAAAACCAAGCCUCAAAAGAUCAUUCAGUCCCUUAGCCGACUCGGAAUAUUCACGCGCGGUUAUACUUUUAAUAACUUUGCUCAACCUGAGGCGAAGAUACCACAUCACAUAUUCUCGCUCUCAGAGGCUGCGGUGAAGUCUGCGCAUGAAAAGGAACGUCAAGCAUUAUUCGAGCACAACAAAGACUUCAUGAUGCGAACCUAUCCAUCCGGAAUGCGAGUAGAUUCUUCCAAUUUAGACCCAUCUUUUGCCUGGCGUCAGGGAAUCCAAGUUGUUGCUCUCAACUGGCAAAACUGCGACAAAGGAAUGAUGCUGAACAAAGGGAUGUUCGCAGGGAGUGGGGGAUGGGUGCUGAAACCCUCAGAGUAUCGUGGAUCGGCUGGGGUGCAGGCAAGUAUGAGUGUUCGACGCAAUGUGAUUUUGUCUAUUGAAAUCUAUGCAGGACAGAACAUAAUCGCCGGGGAUGGGAAGUCAAAUCCCAAAAGUUUCCAUCCAUAUGUAGCUUGUCAUUUGCAUGUUGAACGACCCAAGGACAGCAUCCAUGCUACCAGCAAGGAUUAUGACAGCAGCGACCCCAACUACAAAUGUCGAACUAAAACUUGCAGCGGCGCCGAUCCGGACUUUGGAGGCCAAAUCCUCCAAUUCCCAAGCGCUCCUGGCAUCCUUGAAGAGCUCUCUUUUGUCAGAUUCAAAAUUAAAGACGACGAAAUCGGUAUUGACGAUUUACUGGCAUGGGCUUGUAUAAGGCUAGAUCGCCUACGUCAAGGUUUCCGGUUCAUUCGGUUAUCUGAUACCAAUGGGAAACCAACCGAUGGGAUUCUUCUGGUUCGGAUAUCGAAGCGCGAAGAGUGA